AUGCCACGAAAAAAUGAAUCCCGGAUCUAUGGCGACGUCAAGCUCUUUCAAAAAAGAAAAAAACGCCAACGCCAGACCGUAGAACUCAACGUCGACACGGACGCUCAAGUCUUUAAUGUUGCUCAAACCCUCGGAAUGAUCCCGCCUGCGUCUGCGCCUCAAGCUGCACCCGAACCUGCACUCAACCCUUCAGAUCAGGAUGAUGAUGGUUGGGAAGAUAUCAACGAUAUCCCACAGUACUUGCGAGAAUUCAUUCCAAACUCUCCUCCACACUCACCUGUUGUCGAUCCUGACUGUAAUAACUUUUAUCGGAGGCAUAGAGGACUUCUUGCGAUUCAUCAGCGAAGUAAAGUGUCCGACGCAUGGAAAGCUCUUUUACCCCAGCUUACCGUUAUCUACCUUGAACGUCAACAUCACACCUUGAAUUGGUCAACACACACCUCCUAUCUAAAUGACCAUCCAAAGUGUUCAUGUACAAUCUUUACUACUCGAGAAUUUGAUUUGAUUGGUUCAACAGGCCGCAUGCGCAAACAAGUUGUACAAGUCUGCUCGUGCAAGCCUCUUCCGAUUCAGUUGAUGCACUACGGCUACCUUGCAGGAUCCCACGACUUCCCCACUGUUGCAUUUUCUAUACCCCUGGUUCAGCUCUUCCACGAGAUCUGGAAGAAGACGACUUUAUCUCUUAGUGGAUUUUUUGAAGGUUAUAUGGCGUUUCUUGACUCGCGAUCCAAUACUUACCUGCAUACCCGUAACUCCAAUUACAUAAAUCGAAAUCUAAGACGUCAAUUUACUCAGGCUGUUGAUGUGUACCGAAGUAUCCUCAAGCAACAGAAGACGGUUUACCAACAUGCGCUUAACUUGUCACCAUCACAACUGCUUGCAGAUCAAUGUCCUAGGUGCUUUGGUUCCGCACGCGGCGAACUAAAGACUUCACCCGAUGAACUUGAUUUCAUAUUGGCCAUGGAUGGUAAUUUUCAACAUCGUCAUCACCUCAAAGCUUCUACCGAUCAACCUACAGAAGAAGACUAUCCAUCUUUAUUCAUACCUCCUUCGAAAAUAUCAAUUCACGAGCGUAAAGUUGAAGACACAGCUUCUCAAGCUAAAGGUCUCAAGACGGCGUGCUCUGAAUCUCACACCGCGGCAGAUGAUGUUCGCAACAGCUCAUCUUGGGAACAAUGUGAUGACACAGGUGUUUUUGGGAGUACCUGUCGCCAUGAUGUUCCUUUACGGCUUGUAAACAUCUACAAAAGUGGAGAGAAGCUACAUUAUGCGAUAACCAUUCUUGACAAUAUACUUGAGGCCUUUCCUGAAGCACGAGUCGGUUGUUUAUACGAUAUUGGAUGUCAUCUUGAUGUUCAUAUGGAAAAACGAAAACUUCUACCACAAUACCGAGAACAACUUGCCUUUGCUACGUCAGUUUUCCAUGCGUAUGCACAUCAGUGGCCAUGUCAAAUCAUGUACCAUCCACGUUUCAUCAAAUACUUUGGAUUAUCCGACGGAGAGGGACUCGAAAGGUUGUGGUCAUUUCUAUCCGAUUUAGUUUCACUCAAUCGGGUCUGCACACGACUUCAUCGGCUUCAGUCAAUCAAUAUACGUGCUGAAUUGUAUGGCGAAGAGCUUACAGUUACAUCUGCAAAGUGGCUAGUGAAAAAAUAUCACAAUGCCGUGGAAGUCUUUGGCUUGUCCCAGAACGCCUUACUUAAUCUCUACAAACUUGAAAACCCAGCCACUGGUCGAAGAUAUUCGAGUAGAUUUUUCCGUGAGCAGUGGGAAUCUGAACGUGCAGCACAAGGUAGUAAAAACCAUCACCUGGAUAAGAUGCGCUUGAAAUUAGGAAACCUCCUUUGCUUACGAGAUAAUUUUCAAAAACAGUGGGCUAUCAAUUUCACUGCUGAACAAGAAGCCACACGUGUACAAACGUUGAUUACACUCAAUCAGCAAAUACAAGAAGCAAGCAAUAAAGUAGGCAGUGCAGGUGAUACAGUCUUUACUGAUAAAGAUCAUAAGGAGGUCAUGUUAAAGCUGUGGAGUAGUAAGCACGAGUUGCGAAUGAAAUUCAUAAGUGUAUGCGAAGAAAAACGCCCCUUACAACUUAGUCGAACUGAUGGUAGGUCCUCAAACCUAGGUGCCAGUCGAAAAUCGAUUGUGAUCAAUGCUGUGAGAAAGCAUGCAUUGGCGCUCAAAGGAACUCUCGAAACUUACCUAACUCAGCUGGCAAAUUAUCGCAAGGUCUUUCCAACCGACAUAAUACCAGACCCGGCCUUGAUGGACCACAAUCGGUUGCUUGUGCUAGAGCCGGAUGCACCGUUUUGGAAUGAUGGCUUCAUCACCCACGCCAACGAGCCUUGGGCCAUCGAUCCCAACACACAGCACGGUAUGAGGCAAUUAGCAUAUUACGAAAGAUCAAAAGAAGAGAUACGUCGCAUUGGAUGGGAGAUACGGCGUUCAAUGCGAUGGGCAAUUCAACGGCAUAUAUCUUUGAUGGACUUAUUUCAAGACCUUAGGAAACCCGAACCGACUUCUGAUGCUGCUCAAGCAUUUUUAUCUUCACCGUUCCUCUCUUCACCUGACACAACCAACAUAUCGGAUGCAGCGACUGCGAUUGUCUGGAAUCGCCUUGUCAAUGUCUUACAUCUACAAGAGGUGUGGAAUUUAGACCUUAUGAAUAUUUUUCUCAAGACCGAUCUUCAAGACGGGGAUGGACAACUCCUUGAAGAGUGGGAGUCUCAAGUUUCUUUGAUCGCCAGACUGCGUGCAAAUGGCAGUUUAACUCCAGUCCUCGGCAAUUUCUCAACUAUCACAGUGGAGUCUUUUGAAUCUGACACCGACCCAGAUCCCACCGACACCGAUAACACAACAGCUGACGAGAAAUCUUCAGAUGCUGGAUCUAGUGACGAUGAAGAGAUGCGGAUUCUGGAGGUGUUGAAUGAAGAGGAUGCACUCAGUGCUCUAUCUAGUGCACUCCAUUUGACUGAUUUGAACAAUCCUGAUGCAUCAGAUGUGCCUCUGCUUUUUGUAAACUGA